GGACUGAGUGAGAAACGGACGGCCCUUCUGAUGCUCGGUCACGGGGAGAGAAGCUGCUGCGGAUAUCCGUCUCAUACCUGCCUCACAACGGGCUCCUCUAGUCGCCGAUUUUCCUCUUCCCCCACUGACCGUUUUUUGUGAAAGCGAUAUAAAAAAGAUGCUGGUUUUGGUUUCGUAACAAGCUGCACCGGUAGCAGCGCGCGGAGGAAAAUAUAUGUUUCCGAGGAUGCGGAUUUAACGGAAAGACGUUAUGUGUGUUACCUGGGAUUUGUAACCGUUAAAAACCGUUACAUUCUGAAUGAGCUUAGUCGCACGCAUCGAGAUAUUUUACAUGUCUGCUGAGAUAUCUCACACAGUGACGCGGUAGUAACAACAUCGACAACAGAAGACAAAAUAAGAGGUUGAAUGUGUUUUCCUCCAGCCUGGACACCAUGAGCACCAUCUCGCCGACGGAUUUUGACAGCUUGGAGAUCCAGCAGCAGUACAAUGACAUCAACAACCGCUGGGACCUGGCAGCAGAGACUGACUGGGAUAAUGAGAACAGUUCAGCACGACUCUUCGAGCGCUCACGCAUCAAGGCUCUCGCAGAUGAGCGUGAAGCAGUGCAGAAGAAGACCUUCACCAAAUGGGUAAACUCUCACUUGGGCCGGGUGACCAGUCGCAUCGGGGACUUGUACACCGACCUCCGCGAUGGCCGCAUGCUCAUCCGCCUUCUGGAAGUGCUCUCUGGAGAACAGCUGCCAAAGCCCACAAAGGGCCGCAUGCGUAUCCACUGCCUGGAGAAUGUUGAUAAAGCCCUGCAGUUUCUCAAGGAGCAAAAAGUCCAUCUAGAAAACAUGGGCUCACAUGACAUUGUGGAUGGUAAUCACCGUCUCACGCUGGGUCUCAUCUGGACAAUCAUCCUUCGCUUCCAGAUCCAGGACAUCUGUGUGGAGACGGGGGACAACAAGGAGAGAAAGUCAGCUAAAGAAGCCCUGCUGCUUUGGUGCCAAAUGAAAACUGCUGGAUACCCCAAUGUCAACAUCCACAACUUCACAACCAGCUGGAGAGACGGUCUGGCGUUCAGUGCCAUCGUGCACAAACACAGGUCAUUGACUUCUUCCUGUACUCAAUGUUAUCGGCUCCUACAGUAA